CACACACACACAUCGACUUGCACAAAAUACACUUUAACUAAUUGGAUGAGACUGAUGCUGGUGCAUUUACUCACAUUCACAAUCCAUUUUUUAAUUAAUAUUUCUUUGCCCUAUGGGGCAAAUACAUGCUAUUUUCCUUGUUUCCACAAGGGUUAUCACUGCUGUAUUAUGGAGCACUGCAGUGUUCGAUGCAAUGCACAAAAAAACAUUGUUGCUUAUCAUUCACAUAUCCCAGACUUUAUUAAUAUUAUUAUUAUUAAACGUAUUUGGUAGUUAUGAUCUGAGCACUACACAAAAAAUAUAAAUGGAUCAAAAUCAAUGUUGUUGCUAAACAUUGACAUACCACAGACUGUGAUUUUUUUUAAUAAAAAUGUCCCCCCCCCAAUAUUUAGUAUACAGAAAAUCAUUAGAUGCUUGUGUUUUUUUCCCCAUAAAACAUUAUUAUUAUUAUUAUUAUUAUUAUAAAUAAUAAUAAUAAUAAUAAUAAUAAUAAUAAAAUAUUUGGUAGUUAUGAUCAGGACUGCUGUUGGUUAAAAAAAAUAACUCAGUGAAAGUGGAAAAUAAUAUUAAUAUAUAGUAUCUUUAUGGAAGUUUUAGGAAGGGGCCAUUUUUGUCCUUAACAAGUGGGAGAAGUUUUUUAAUCUGACACUGCACAAAUAAAUAAAAAUGUAUCAAAAUCAAUGCUGUUGCUUAUCAUUGACAUAUUCCAGACUGUGUAAAAUAAAAGUAAAAAUUACCCCUAGCAUUUAGUAUCCAGACAAUAAUUUUCUUCAGGCAUUAAAAACGAAUGCAUAUUUGGUAGUUAUAAUCAGGACUAAAGUUAUUUUAAAAAUUUAACUCAGUGAAAGUGGAAAAUAAUAUUAAUAUAUCAUUUCAUUGUGUUUUUUGAUGCAACAGUUUUGUCCUCCUAAAGGACAUCAGAGCAACUGUUUUUAAAGGGAUGCACAAGGGGGUUAAUAUCAUUUCUAUUUGUUGUUUACUCAAUUUAUACAUUGGCAGCAUUAUUCAGUUUGAGAGGUUUGAUGCUGCUAACCUAAAGAUAAGAUGCAUACUGACACAGGUUAUUCAAUUGCAGCAUCUCUUUUUAUAGAAGAAAUAAGGGCUCUGUAUCUCUGCUCUGUGUCUAAGGUUGACUGUGGUUCAGGCAGAUGUGUUUUAGCUAAUACAGUGUGAGAGCAGCUGGGCAGGGCAGGGCUAAUAGACCCAAUGACAUCAUCUGAAGAGAGAGAGAGAGAGAGAGAGAGACUGGGAGCAUACGAGCGAGCGUGCCUAAGGCAGUGAAGGGAAGCAGGCCAGCUCAGACAGAGAGGAGACUGGCAUGAUAGCGGGACAGUCUGUGUGUGUGAAUGGGAGAGGACCGGGCGGCAUUCAGUUGACAAGGAUAUAGGACUCCACCUGGAAGAUUUCCUCUCUAGUUUUCUCCCUUUCCUCCAUUACACCUCUCCCCCCUCCCCUUCCCCCUUUCCCCUUUCCCCCCCUCAUCCUCUGCUGGCAGUUAUCCCCCCUCUCAGCUCCUGCUCCAGGCGGCUCCUCCGGGCAUGCUCCUUAAGCCAAAGUAUGGCCGCUUCCGCAACGAGUCUGUGACCUCCUCUGACGACCUGAUGCAGAGCUUAGCCAUGAGCGGCAAAGUUGUGGCCACGCCGGUGGUCUCGUCCUCCGUCCAGAGCCUUCCUCUGCCUCCCCUGCCUCCUCUGCCUCCUCUGGAUCACAGUGCCAGAUCGUCCUCCUCUGCCGGGGCUGCAGCCCUGGCCGACUCCCCCAGCCUGGAUGGGGAACAGGACGGCACCACAACCUUCUGCAUGCUCAUCCCCAAGAUGCCCCAGUGGAAGUUCUCCAACUCCCUGCUCAGCAGGAGCCCGUCCAACUCCAGCUCCAGCUCCAGCUCUAGCAAGGACUCAGGGAAGGCGGCUCCUUCCCAGGCCUCUGUCUCCCAUAGCUCAUCACCACACAGGCACAGCAUCGCGACCUCAGCCAGCGGGCCGGUGGCCAGUCUCGCAGCGGUGCUUAACUCCUGUGACCCUGUGUGUGUCACCCCCUGUUCCUUGCAGGCCAUUCGAGGGCAGAGAGCAGUCGCGGCGGCGAACUCGGCCAGUCCAGCGGGGCACGUAUUUGGGGCCACAGAGGCCAUGGCGAGCCCCGGGGGUUCCAGCAACUCCAGGUCAGGAAUGAGCCGCAGGACAAGGGUGGAGGGCAUGUGGCUGGGGGGAGAGGACUUCAACCAGAAGGGGACUUUCAUCCACAAACCAUCUCAAGGCUGGCUGCACCCUGACAAGAAGAUUGCAGGACCAGGGGCCUCUUAUAUUGUCAGGUACAUGGGCUGCAUUGAAGUGCUGAAGUCGAUGCGCUCCCUGGACUUCACCACGCGGACUCAGGUGACAAGGGAAGCCAUCAACAGGCUGUGUGACACUGUGCCAGGCGGAAAGGGAGCUUGGAGGAAGAAGGCCCAUAACAAAGCUCUCCAGACCGUCAUGGGGAAGAGUAACCUGCGAUUUGCAGGCAUGAGUAUCGCAGUCAAUAUUUCCAUAGAGGGCCUUGGUCUGCUUGUCCCCACCACACGACAGGUGAUAGCACACCAUCCCAUGCAGUCCAUCUCAUUUGCCUCUGGGGGAGACUCAGACACGCCUGAUUAUGUUGCGUAUGUGGCCAAAGACCCGGUGAAUCAGAGAGCAUGUCACAUCCUGGAGUGCUCAGACGGUUUAGCCCAGAGUGUCAUCAGUACCAUCGGACAAGCCUUCGAGCUGCAGUUCAAACAGUACCUACACAGUCCUCCCAAAACUAUGACAUCUAUGGAGAGGUCUGUCAGAACAGAGGAGCCGAUGUGGGGGGAGGAUGAGGACUUCUCUGAGCAUGACUACUACAACAGCAUCCCAGGGAAGGAGCCUCCUGUUGGGGGAGUGGUGGACUCCAGGCUCAGGUCCAGUGGAGCCCUGCUGGGCCACAUCCACACACAACCACAUAGCAAGACAGCAGCACAGAUGGGCUCUCCAGCGAGGAGAGAGCAAGCAUCUUAUCCCCCUGGUCAGCUGUGCUAUGAACUGCACUGGGACACGGAGACGACCAGCAGCUCAGGUAUGACAGCAGAUGGUUACCUGUGUGCUGACGGCCAGCCGCCAGGCAGCAGAGAUUACGAGGAGCAUCAGUACGUUAACACCCAGAGUCUGGAAAACCUGGAAUCACUGGCACAGGGGCCCAAUGGACACAGAGGGUCCAGAGCACCCGACAGUCCAAAAAAGGACCUCUUUGACAUGAGGCCCUUCGAGGACGCCCUGAAGCUCCACGAGGCCUGUGGAGGAGGUGUCGGGGCUGGAGUGGGAGGUGUCCGGGUCCUGGAGGACCAGUGGCCGAGCCCUCCACGCCGUCGGGCCCCCGUUGCCCCAAACGAGGAGCAGCUCCGCAGGGAGCCGUGGUACCACAGCCGCAUGAGCAGGCGAGACGCAGAGAAACUCCUGGUCCGAGACGGAGAUUUCCUGGUCCGGGAGAGCACUACCAACACGGGACAGUAUGUGCUAACCGGCAUGCACUGUGGCCUGCCAAAACACCUGCUGCUAGUGGACCCAGAGGGAGUGGUCCGAACCAAAGACAUGUUGUUUGAGAGCAUAAGCCACCUUAUCUCGUACCACCUUCAGAACGAGCUGCCUAUUGUAGCAGCAGAGAGUGAACUCCACCUCAAACAGGUGGUCAGGAGGAAACAGUGAACCACCUGGCCCCGCAUGGGAAGCUGACUUCUGGAGCUCCCAUGCAGAAACCACAGAAAAAAGCAAUUAUGGAAAUAAUUUAUCCCACGUGGAACAAAGGAUAUCACUGAUACUUUCUUUCCAUGAACAAUUCCGCUAAGGAGAGUGAGGCAUCUUUCUCUGCCUUUUGCCUACCAGAGAUCAACCAAACUAUCCCUCACCUGUCAUAAACUGUCAUAAACUCAUCAGCAUGAAGCUGUUAAGCUAACAAACCAACCAGAAUCCACAGUUUGACUCAUUUCACAGCCGGAUGAAUUAUCAAACAAUGUCAUAAAUUAAAGCGACAACUGUUUGAAGAGGACCGACUGCUGGGAAUAAAAAAGGAUUUGCUGCACAGAGAAGUCCUCCAAUGCCUGUAAUAGUGAAGUGCUUCCAGUACACCACGGCUUGCCCGACCACCAGUCACUCACAGAACAAAUAAUGGACAUCGCCAGAACAAAACUGUCUCAUAAUCUGGUACAGACACUAUUAAAAAAACCCGAAAGAUGUCAAGUUACUCAGUGGUUCAUUUCUGUGUAAAUGCAAGAAAUGAAAAUACUGUGAGACAAUGAAGAAAUAUCUGUUUCACUGGAAUGUAAAGACUGUUUGUUGUUACGUUUUUCUGCAGUACCUGACUCUGAGAUGGCACAAUGGAAACACACGGAGCAUGAUUCAGUGCUGGAUUUAUGAAAUAGCUAUUUAUAUUUCUGCCUUUUUUUUUGUGUUUCUCCAUGAUAAUCGAGGCACCAAAUCACACUUAAAAAGAAAAUGCAUUCAUACUAUCUUCAUAUAGACAGCCAAGUGGACAUGCAGUACAUUGUCUUUAUCACAUUUACCAUGAAUAUCAGUCAUUUCUUUUUAAGGGCUGUUCAUAGUGUGUUAAAGACAUGCCUGUAUAAGCCUGUGAACAUUACUGGUUAGAAUCAAAUGAACACUACAUCCCGGGUUAAAAACUCUGCAUACAGACUCAGUAUAUCCAUGCCUGUAUUCCCACAGCCCCUCCAACUUCAGUGCCUUAAUAACUACAGAGACAGGCAUUUGCGUCAGAGUGUAUAUAAUGUGCAUUUAUGCUCCUAAUGCAAAAGUUUUCUUGCCUUGCCAAUGAAUGACUGAACAAACGUCAGGACGAUUAAGCUCUUAUACUUGUCAACAGUCACGUAAGCUGCUCUUGUUUUGGGCUAAAUGUUUAAUACUGUGUUAUUGUGUCUUUAUGUGUGGCCCUCAUAACAAGCCCCUCACCCCUCUACAGUGAUUGAUAUAAAAGAAAGGGGAUUUGGACUUUAAAUCCUUUAUUUGUCAGGGAAAUGCAUCACUUUAUUGAUCGUCCUUUAUCCCACGUCUGUGUCUUCACAUGUCAAUGACUUGCUUGUGUAUUUCUGCUCCUUGGCUGCAGUGACAGUAAGUCCCCAUUUUUGCCAAUCUAAUACUUUAAAAUCUUACUAGACGUAGGUGAUAUACUUUAUUGCAUUUCUCUCUGUGUCAGUAGCUACAUAUCUUUAAGCAGGCCCUCCACUGUUCUUGGCUGCAGCCUCACGAAUGCACAGAGAGACGAGGCGGCGAGGCUUUUGGUGAGGUCCAAAUGAUUAUUUCAGAUCUCCCCUUUUGCUUUCUCAGGAAUUUCUUGGAUUUGUUCUUCUUUGAUUAAUGGCUUUUUUGUCAAUAAAACUAAUUGAAAAGAGGGUACAAUUCAAA